UGUAAAUGAAACUUCACUAUCACGAUCCGAUAAAAUGAUGGACCAACAAUCAUAUCACCAGGAAGACUCUCAGUGCCCUUAGAAAUUUCCAUGGACGCAUCUGGCCCAGGUACAGACCAUUGAACUUGAUCAGACCUUUCUCCUUUCCGACCAUGUCAACCGACGUUUCGUCUCGUGUCGGUCUGCUAGAGUUCCUCAGGCGAUCCCACGCCCUUCAAGCGCAAUAUAUCGCCGGCCAUGCUUCCUCCUCUGCUCCCAUCCAUGUCCUGGGAAACACGUCUGCAGACCUAGACUCGAUUAUCUCCGCGAUAACAUACUCCUAUUUCGCCAAUGGCCGCGUUCCCUCUGGGAAAGGAAGACCGCAUGUCCCCCUCAUAAACCUCAUCGAUGUCCCCUCAGGAUCGGAACUCCGUCGGUUGCGUCCAGAGUUCGUGACCGCUUUAUGGUGGGCGACAAAUACGGACAUAUCAGAAUCAGCAAACUGGCAGAUUGACGGGCACCAAGCGGCGAAUUUCCUCCGGGAGCGUCUGCUUACGAUUAUGGACCUCAAGGCACUGUUGCGAGAACACGAGCGCGCAGAGGGCGGUAGACUCAAAGAAUGGAACUUCGACACGACAUUAGUUGAUUGGAAUGCGCUACCUCUGCGAUCAAAGGAUGGGAAACCUGGAAGAGGCUCGAUUGAGAACCUGCUGGAUGUCCAUUUCGACGUGGUCGGCUGCAUUGACCACCAUGUCGAUGAGGACUUUGUGCCUCCGGCAGAUUCGCUUCCUGCUGAUAAUCUGCGGAUCGUCCAGCCGGGGCCAGGGUCAUGUACAUCGCUCGUUGUGAGGGAACUGCGAUCGCGAGGUCUUUGGUCCGACAAACCGGCUGCGGAUCUAUACGGGGCUGUGGGAUCUGUCGGGCCUGAGAACGCAGCUGCGAUUUACGAAGCCCAGGUUGCUAAACUCGCACUGGCUGCAAUCCUGAUAGACACAACGAAUCUCACCUCUGAAGGGAAGGUAACAGAUGUCGACCGCGACGCAGUCGCGUUUCUGGAGACGAAGAUUGAGCACGGGUAUUCGAUACAUCGUUCCUUGCAAACCGCCCAGCAUCCUCAGUGGAGUCGUAACGCUUUUUUCGAUGCUAUACAAUCUGCAAAACAAAACAGCCUUGACUUUCUCACGACCGAAGAGAUACUGGGUCGAGACUAUAAAGAAUGGAUGGAAACGUCUUCUACAUCAGGCACUUCCAUCCGUCUGGGAAUGUGCUCUGUUGUGAAACCUAUCUCGUGGCUAGUCGAAAAGGCCAGUACCUCUACCAGUUCCACUAUUCGGGAUCAAACCAAACAACUCCUCAGUGACAUUCAGGACUUCUCCCAAACGAGAGAAUUAGAUGUCGUUGCGAUUAUGACCGCAUUCGUCGACGCGAACGGUCAGUUUCAGCGGGAACUGCUAGUCUGGUCAGUGAACACCGAGGAGGGUAUCCAAAGGUUGGUUAGGCGAUUUGCAGAACAAUCCUCUAAAGAACUAGAACUAGAGGACUGGACCGACGGUGAUAAACCCACCGUGGCUGAAGAAAUCCGUAGCAUUCUCAACAGCGACACAUCUUCCACAACGGGAUGGAGACAUCUCUGGCAUCAGAGGGAUCUAGCAAAGAGCCGAAAACAAGUCGCGCCGCUGCUGAGAAAAGCAAUUUCCACUUAAUAGUUAUACAGCUUAUACCACCAUAAUGAGAAAGAACUAGCCUCUUGAAAGCCAAUACAACAUACUGCGACUACUGCUUUAAAACCCGAGAUUACGCCAUAUAACUAUCACGCGCCAGAGCGGAAAAAGCUGAGACAUAAAAAAAAGUCAUUUUUGGUAACUUUUUGAAUUUUGAACACUGACAAAUAAGGUUUUCCUUAAUGACACCGAAGCUUGCCAUGCAAUCCUGAUCUUACAGAUGCAAUGCGUUCAGACCAAGAGAAAUGAAAGGGCCUAUCCCACCCAAAAGAAAGGGAAUCAUGCCCCCGAAAAGAAAAGAAACAUGAUAAUGAUAAUGAUGCAACCUUGCAACUCCGA